CCGCCGCCUCCUCAGCAGCAGGAACCGAAGUCGCCGCCGCCGCCGCAGCCGCCCGGGUCGCCGGCCGCCCGCGCGCUGGCUCGGCCGGGACCCGCAGCCAUGGAGGACUUCAUCGUGAUCUCGGACGACAGCGGCUCCGAGAGCUCCGGGGGGACCCGCUCGGGCCGGGCGCGGAGGCUCCGCCGGGCCCUGUCCCGGACCCCCGGCGCGCUGCCCCGCCGGACCGUGGACUUCAUUGACUUAACCAGAGAAACCAGACCAAGGGCGAAGGAUCGCAGUGGACUCUGUGUGAUUGACCUGACAAGAUCUGAGGAAGAAAAUAGACCUAUUGCCACUCUUGACUUGACUCUAGAACCUGUUGCUCCUUCCCGGAAAGAGCCAGCCAGUCUUCAAGCACGUGCCAGCCUCUCCAGCAAAGAGGUGAUGGAAGGGCGGGUGGACAGACGCUCUCGGCCUGCAGCACGGAGAAUCCUUAACAGUGACCCUGUGGAUUUGGACCUUUUGGAAGAAAGUGCAUUUGAAGGUCCCCAACCCCCUACAUCUAUCAGUGGGGACUCUGUUUAUCCAGCAGAGCCGAAUUGUAGCUCAACCAUAUUCAAAGGUGAGCUCGGUUUCUUGGCAAGCCUACAGCUAUCUUCAGAUAUUCACUCCCUUCUCCCAGCAAACAAUAAUGGUAGCAGUAACACUCAGAGGGCACCCUUGCCAUGCCCACAGCAAGAUGUGCCUUGCCCACCACAAGCCUUGCCAUGCCCACUGCGAUCCUCACCAUGUCCACCACGAGCCUCCUCAUGCCCACCGCGAGCCUUGUCAUGCCCGUCACAAACCAUGCAGUGCCAGCUGCAAACUCUGCCUCACCUGCCUCAAGAAGGGCCAUGCCCUCAGCAGAAUAUGCCAAGUCCUCCUCAAGACUCAUCAUGGCAUCCUCAACACUCACCAAGCCCACCUCAAGACUCACUUUGCCCACCUCAAGAUUCGCUGGGCCUACCUCAAGGUGUACCAGGCCCACCUCAAAACAUAUCAUGUCCACAAGAUGUGGCACACCUGCAAGACAUGCCACAGUCACCAGGAGACAUGCCACAGUCACUAAGAGAUGUGCUGCAGUCACCAAGGGAUGUGCCGCAGUCACCAAGAGACGUGCCACGGUCACGAAGAGAUGUGCCACAGUCACCAAGAGAUGUGCCACAGUCACCAAGAGACGUGCUGCAGUCACCAAGGGAUGUGCCGCCGUCACUAAGAGACAUGCCGCAGUCGCUGGAUGUGCCGCAGUCACCAAGGGAUGCGCCUCAAUCACCAAGAGACGUGCUGCAGUCACCAAAGGAUGUGCCGCCGUUACUAAGAGACGUGCUGCAGUCACUGGAUGUGCCGCAGUCACCAGGGGACGUGCCUCAGUCAUCAAGAGACGUGCCGCACUCACCAUCCAACCUACCACAGUCACCAAGAGACAUGCCGCCAUCACCAGGAGAUGCACCACAGUCACCAGGAAGUGUACCACAUUCACCUGGAAAAGUCCCACACUUAUCAGGGGAUGUGCUACAUUCACCUGGAGACAUGUCGUGCUUGCCAGAAGACAUGCCACACACACUUGGAGACUUGCCUCAUUUACCAAAAAUCAGGCCUGACUCUCCCCAAAAUGAUGUACAGAACCAUGAUACCCCUAUGGAUGUCUCAGCUCCAUCCUCUCCAAGCUGCUCUCCCAGCCCACAGUCUCCACAGUCUGAAACUUCCUUAGAGAAAGUUCCUUGGGUCUCUGUCACAGAAACUCCAGCCAGAAAAGAGAUAUCACUGUCAGAGCCUGCCAACCCUGGGCCUGGAUCUACCCAGGUACAAGCACGAACACCACAAGGUGGGCUGUACAAUAGACCAUGCCUGCAUAGACUGAAGUACUUCUUACGACCUCCGGUGCAUCACCUCUUCUUCCAGACACUAAUACCAGAUAAAGACACAAGAGAGAACAAGGGUCAAAAAUUAGAACCUAUCCCUCAUCGAAGACUAAGGAUGGUAACAAACACCAUUGAAGAAAAUUUUCCCCUGGGGACUGUGCAGUUUUUGAUGGACUUUGUGUCACCCCAGCAUUACCCACCCAGAGAAAUUGUGGCUCACAUCAUCCAGAAAAUCCUUCUCAGUGGCUCUGAGACUGUGGAUGUUCUAAAGGAGGCCUACAUGCUUCUCAUGAAAAUUCAACAGCUACACCCAGCUAAUGCCAAGACGGUGGAGUGGGACUGGAAGCUGCUCACUUACGUCAUGGAGGAAGAGGGACAAAAUCUGCCCGGCCGAGUCCUUUUUCUGCGUUAUGUAGUACAGACCCUGGAAGAUGAUUUCCAGCAGAUCCUGAGGAAGCAGCGACAGCACCUGCAGCAGUCUAUUGCAAGCACUGUGCUGUCCUGUGACAAGCAACCCCACAAUGUCAGGGAUGUCAUCAAGUGGUUGGUCAAAGCAGUAACUGAAAACAGAUUAACUCAGCCACCAAAUGAGAAUCAGACCUCUCCAGGAGCAGAAAUCUUGAAGGCCAGCAGUAGCCACCCUUCUCCCCAACCCAACCUGACAAAGAACACUAAUCAGCUGAUUGUAUGCCAGCUGCAGAGGAUGCUGUCCAUAGCUGUGGAAGUAGACAGGACCCCCACAUGCAGCUCCAAUAAAAUUGCUGAAAUGAUGUUUGGGUUUGUGCUGGACAUUCCUGAGAGGAGUCAGAGAGAAAUGUUCUUUACUACCAUGGAAAGCCACCUUCUGCGCUGCAAAGUACUGGAAAUCAUAUUCCUCCACAGCUGUGAGACGCCCACCCGCCUGCCCUUGUCUCUGGCCCAGGCCCUCUAUUUUCUGAACAAUUCCACAUCACUGCUCAAGUGUCAGUCGGACAAAACCCAGUGGCAGACAUGGGAUGAGCUGGUUGAGCAUCUGCAGUUUCUGUUAUCCAGUUACCAACAUGUUUUAAGAGAGCACUUACGGAGUUCAGUGAUCGAUCGAAAAGACUUAAUAAUCAAAAGGAUCAAGCCCAAGCCCCAGCAAGGAGACGACAUCACAGUGGUGGACGUGGAGAAGCAGAUUGAGGCCUUCCGCAGCCGCCUGGUCCAGAUGCUGGGGGAGCCGCUCGUCCCACAGCUCCAAGACAAGGUGCACUUGUUGAAGCUCCUGCUUUUCUAUGCUGCGGACUUGAACCCCGACGCAGAGGCCUCUGCACAGGCCUGGAGCAGCCCCUGAGGCCCUUCUAAGCACUGCACACCAAGAAUACCUCCUGAACUCCAUCUCAGACUACUUGGGAAGUUCUAAAAGUAUAAAAAGUAGUUGAAAAUCUUAUAGGACCAAACCAAUCUUAUUUAUCUGUAGGCUAUAACUUUCUAACUCUUUAGUAAAUAUCUUUUUUUUUAUAAUCCUAGCCUGUUCUCAGAUCUGGCUUAAACAUAUAAGGUGUAUAUAUUUUUUAAUAAAUUAUUUAUCUAUACUUUUUUUUGAAACAGGUAAUACUAUAUGCACUAUAUGUUUAACAUUUCCAUUCAAGAUGUGAAAAAAGAAUCCGUGUGCUGAACAAAUUCUAGACAUCAAUGUUAUGUCACUCAAGGUACCAACAACCUGUUUCGAAAGAGAAAGACAUAUUCGUUUCUCCCUAAUGGAAAACAAACAUCCUAUAUUGGACCUGUGAUGUUGCCUAUGAAUUUGACUUUGUGGCCAGUCUAUCAAGAUCUAAUGUAAUGAAGAGGGCUAAAAACAAAAGGAUUGAGUAUGUUACAAAAAAUUUGAUGUUAAAAGGAUACAAUAAA